UACGUGGUUAAAGUGGAUCGACUGCCCUCAAAUGAUACGAUUUUUAAUUACCUGUAAUUGUUUUACUAUAUAGAAAGCAGAAGCCUUUAACCAAAGGGAACAAAACUUAUGCAUCAAUUCAAUGCAACCCAGAGAUGGGGGAACCAACUAUUAACUAUUACAUGAACCAAUAAGUUGGAAGGGAUGGUGUGAAGGCCGACGCUUUUAAUACCCUUGCAGUUGGAUUGUUCCCAUGCCAGCAUAUGCCAUACUGAUCCGAUCUGUGCCUUACGGAUUGGAGGCUCUCUACAAAAACAUGCGAAAAUUAUACCUUGGUCUUCUCGGUGCGCUCUCUGUGGCCAUCGGUAGCAGCCUAGCCAAGGCUGUGGUGGAUCAACAGGCAGCCGGCACUCAGUUGGCCAGCAAGAGCGUUGCUCAGAAGCGCUUCGACUUGGGGGGACUUAGCGAUCAUGUCAUCGACGAGCAUCACAUAGAGGAGCACCACGAACACCAUGAGCACCACGAACAUCACCAUGAUCCCGGAUAUUGGAAGAAGAAGGUCACGUGGAAGGAGGGCUGGAAAAAGAUUUGGAAUCCAGCCAAGAAACAAAUCUGGAAUCCCUCAUGGAAAAAGAUCUACAAGCCCCACUGGGUGAAAGUGCCCGGCUGGAAGGAGAUUCAGGUACCAGCAUGGAAACAAAUUUGGGUACCCCACUGGAAGGAGAUUUUAGUGCCAGCCUGGAAGGACAUUCAAGUGCCCGACUACAAGCAGAUCUGGACACCUGAGCUAGUGAAGGUUGGCAUUCCCGGCGAGAAAUAUCUGGGCAAGGACCACGAGGGUUGGGAGUACACCAGUCACGAUCUGUGGAAGAAGAAAGUUGUGUGGAAGUCUCACUGGAAAAAGAUUUGGAAGCCAGCCAAGAAGCAAAUCUGGGUGCCCGACAAGAAGCUCGAAUGGAAGGAGGGAUGGAAGCAGUACUGGAAGCCAGGAAAGAAGGAAAUUUGGACCGAUAAAUUGGAAUGGAAGGAGGCAUGGAAACAAAUCUGGGUACCCGGCUGGAAGGAGAUCUGGGUGCCUGGCUGGAAGAAGAUCUGGAAGCCCGUGGUCAUAUCCGAGUGGUUCCCUUCGCCCGAUCACCACCAUGAUCAUCAUCACCACGAGUCUGGCUGGGACUGGGACCGCAAGGAUAACGGUGCCGCGCCUGCAGCUGUCGCACCCGCUGCCACUGCCGCCACUGCCAAUGGCCAGGAUAAGGUAGUGUGGAAACGCGAUGACACCAAUGCUUCCGCAUUCGGAAAGCCAACGGUGCUGCAACCAGUGGCCAGUGCAGAUUUCCAGGCCAAAGCUCUGGAGGCAGCGAAGUCGCCAGCUGCUGCUGGGCCUGCAGCCUCGGUGGCUGCCACCUCGCAAUUCAAGUUUCCCGGUGCGUAGGCAGAGCAUCAGUGCAGCCCCAUUCGCCAUUGCAUCAUUGCAUCGCCGCCUGCACCUGCACCUGCAACUGCCCGUUCCAAGCUCCUUGUAAAUAGUUACAAACCAGUCGCUAGCUCUUAAGGCCAUCCAUCCACUUCCAUUUGCUUUGGCUCCACACUUUAAAUUAUCUCUAGACUUAAAUGUUUAAUUAACAACAACAAAGUGAAUAAAAAUACG